GGGAACCAUUGAGGUCGUCCACCAAUGAGAGGCGGGCAGGCAGCUAGGACAGGCCAAUAGGCGCGCGGCUUAGGGGCGGGGCGGGCAGCAAGCAGGGGGCGGGGCUGGGCACUAGGCGGCGGCAUCUGGCGUGGGGCGCCUUAGAUGCGCAACGGCUUAGGCAGUGAAAGCACCUGUCAGGUCGGACGGAGUGCCUGAGCCGCGCCGCCGCCGCCCCCUCCCGCCGGGACCCGUCGCAGCCGCCAGCACCCCCGACCCGCGGUAACCAUGUGUGACCGCAAGGCCGUGAUCAAAAAUGCGGACAUGUCGGAGGAGAUGCAGCAGGACUCGGUGGAGUGUGCCACUCAGGCCCUGGAGAAGUAUAACAUAGAAAAGGACAUAGCAGCCCAUAUCAAGAAGGAGUUUGACAAGAAGUAUAACCCCACCUGGCACUGCAUUGUGGGGAGAAACUUCGGCAGCUACGUGACGCAUGAGACAAAACACUUCAUCUACUUCUACCUGGGCCAGGUCGCCAUUCUCCUGUUCAAGUCUGGUUAGAGCAUGGCCUGUGCCUCCUGCCCCGAGAGCCAUCUAAAUCACAAGGACUGCAGCCUAAAUUCCAAAUACCAGAGACUGAACUAUCUUCAGCAUUGCCAUGGGAACACCUCGAGCUUUCAGCCUUUAUUGUGUUGUUGUUGUACAGGGCAUCCUAUGUACUAGUUUGUUGUGGUUAUAAAACAAUUAGCAAAACACAGCUUUACCCUGGGUAUUUAUUUUCUUUUCCAUAAUCUGCUCUUCCUCCCCACUCCAGAAACGAUCCGGCUCUUUUAAAAAUAAACCUCUUGGAGAUGUGUGUGUUAA